AUGGAUACCUCCCGACUUCUCCUCCUCAUCUUCAUGGUGAUAGCUGCGUUUGAAUGUUCAGGUUCAGCCAAUCUCCCAAUUGAAGACUAUGACGAGGAGAGAUACAGCUUUGUUGAAGGGGAGUCCUUGUAUUUUGUGCCCGACGCUCUGAAAACCGACCCCCUGAAUAAAAAUUUCACCUGGUUCAGAAAAACUAGCGACAAUAAGAUUGAAAAUAUCACCACCGACGAGAACGAGAGCGUACAUCACCACGGUGGAGUGCUCCUCCUCUUGAACCCCCUCACUAAGGACUCUGGAUAUUACACUGGACGGCGAUACUACCCUUCAGGCCAGUGGUCCAACUAUUAUGUAGAAGUUAACAUCUACAAACCAAGUCCUACGAUUGACAGCAGACUCAUCUACGGAGGAGUAGAGAACUCUGACCAGAACAAAAAGGUUGAAUGUCCAGCCCUGAUCAAUAAAAUAUGUACGACGUUGAAAGGAAACUUCACCUGGAACAAGGACUCCAAACCCCUUGAAGGCCAACACGAAGCCGUACUGUGGACUAAAGGGCCUACUAAAAGUGACGAUGACAUCUACACCUGCAUUUGUACCUGGACACACAACGGCAAGGAGUACAACUCGUCAGGCUCCAGGAGUGUGAAACAUGAAGAUACAAGUAGUCACCGUGACGUAGAGAUCCUCUCUCCAACCGACAAGGAGCAGAUUGCUGAGGAAGGCGUUGGGAUCAAGUUGAACUGCUCAGUUUUCUGUGGGAUUAACGUGAAACCAAGGUGCAACGCUAUCUGGCACUUUGACGGCGCUCCUCCGAACCGGCUCGCUGGAUACCAUCAAACCACAAACACAGUCAACGAGGAACCUUCAGAGAAAACCAUCUCCACUGCAACCCUGACCAUCGACAAAGUGUCUGCUGAGGAUUUCAAAGCCAAAUUUAAAUGCAUCGGCAGGGGCCUGUACAAAAAUGGCUCUACCACUUUGACUCUGAAGCCGAGAGAGUCGAUCAUGCCGCUGGUCGUUGGAGGAGUGUGUGUGUUUCUCUUCUGUGUGUUUGCCGCCGCGCUGGUCAAGUGCUUUGCCAUCGACCUUGCUCUCUUCUUCAGAUCCUGCUUCCCACUCAGCCGGUGCCAUAAAGAUGGACGGCUGUUCGAUGCCUACGUGGUCUACCAAAUGCAAAACGCGGACAAGGUCACCGAGGACGCGCUCUGUCAGUUCGUCGCAAAGGUUUUGCCGUCCGUCCUCGAGGAAAAGUGCAGAUAUCGUCUGUUCAUCCACGGGAGGGACGACAUACCCGGAGAAGACCGUCUGGAGCUGGUGGAGGACCGCAUGAAGCAGAGCAGGAGGCUGAUGGUCAUCCUCACCCCGGGUUCAGGAUCAGAGUCAGAGACCUCAGACCAGCAUCCCGUCUCACCCCAAAACCCUGUGGUAGGAGGGUUCGACUGGCAGGUGGGGCUCCACCACGCGUUGAUGCAGAGAGAGAUGAGUGUGAUUCUGAUCCAGCUGGGAGACGAGGGCCCACAGGGUUACACACACCUUCCCGCCGGCCUGCAGCACCUGAUUCUCAAGAGCGCCCCCCUCAGGUGGCCCGAGGGCUCGCGGGGCGCCGCCGCCUGGAACUCUCGCUUCUGGAAGAGAGUGAGAUACCUGAUGCCCGCUACACCCGCCAAAAGAUGUCCACAGUCUGCUAUCAUCUGAAACCCUGGUGGAUUUAAUCUGGACUUUAUGGAAUGACAGAUACGAUGCAUGUGAAAUAAGAAAGCCUUUGUGUUUACGUUCUAAAAUGAAGCUAAUACAGUCAUUUCGUUUCUCCAGGUUAAAGAAGGUAUGAGAAAGUAUAAAAUAAUCAUAAAUAACGUUUGUGUCUGCUCUAUCAAACAUCUGGCAAAAUAGAUUUUUCUUUAAAAGAUAUACAGGCAGGGCUGUAAAUGUUGAUGCAGGUCACCUGUUGGUACCUGU